CCGCCUAAAAACGGGGAUAUUAAACCUCUACUAAGUGGAACCCUAAAUAAUUUCCCCAAUCUUAUUUUCACAAAAUAUCUACAGAAAAAACUCACACAGAGAAGGAGAAGAAGAAGAAGAAGAAAAAGAAAGAAAGAAAAGAUGUUGAGGUAUGGUUGUCAUAGAUUUUUGGGGUUAGUGCAAAGAACCCCCCAAACCGGAGCACAAGGUGUGUUGGUAAGAUUAUACCAUGAAAGAGUUGUGGAUCAUUAUAAUAACCCACGGAAUGUUGGAUCUUUUGAUAAAAAUGAUCCUUCAGUUGGUACCGGGCUAGUCGGUGCUCCUGCUUGUGGUGAUGUCAUGAAAUUACAGAUUAAAGUUGAUGAGAAAACUGGUCAAAUCACUGAUGCUUGUUUCAAAACUUUUGGUUGUGGUUCUGCUAUCGCUUCUUCAUCUGUAGCUACUGAAUGGAUUAAGGGAAGGCAGAAGGAGGAAGUCUUGACCAUCAAGAACACUGAAAUAGCGAAACAUCUUUCGCUCCCUCCAGUGAAGCUACACUGCAGCAUGCUUGCAGAGGAUGCAAUCAAGGCAGCCGUGAAAGAUUAUGAAGCAAAGCGAGUUAAGGCUGGAACCAGUGGCAAAGCUAAGGAGGAUGAGGCUGCUCAUGCUUGAUAAUGUGUAGAAUCAUGUAGUAUGUCUGGUUUGGAUGAUGACGACCAUGGUUGUAAUAUCUACUUAAACAAAGGGCAGUCUUGCUUUGUUGAAAAACUGAGCAACUUGCCACUGCGAGUCCCAAACACUGUUUAUGUUGUUUGUUUUUCUGGAUAAAGUCUGUAAAAUAGCUGUGCUGAUGUGACACUAUCAUAAGUUAUUAUCUUGUUAAUCCUGCUUUCCUAUAUAAAGCUAGCUUGUUAACCCUUGGUUUAUACAAAAAGUGGUUGUUUUUGUAUGGUGUUGUAUUUAUGUUUGUCCCACU